GCUUUGAAAAAAGAUUCAGGAGCAGUGAAUUGAAAAGACAGAAAAAAGCAAUUAGGGAUGAGGUGGCAAUUAGACCUCCGUAGGUAGGGAGAUCGCGUUCCCUUCUCCAAUUAGGGUAAUAGGAAGCAGCACCCAUCAGAAUCAGAAAUAAAUGGAGAAGCUCGGGAAGAACCUGAACCAACUUGAUCUGGAGAAAGAGGGGGCGGAUGAAGGUGGAAGGCAAAACAAGGACACAAACGAACUGCCCCAGAAUAUUGCGUUGCGCCUGGGCGCACGGCGGCCGCGGCCGGAUGGAGCGCUUGGUCCGUGUUCCCUACAGCUUGUACCCGGGCUAUGGGAACACGCUGCCUUUGGGCCAGCCUGGACUCUCUGAGCACAAACAGCCCGACUGGAGGCACAACAACGGUCCCCCCGCUUUCCUGGCCAGGCCGGGGCUGCUGGUGCCCUCCAACGCCUCCGACUACUGCGUGGACCCUUACAGGAGGGCCCAGCUUAAGGCCAUUCUCUCCCAGAUGAACCCCAGCCUGAGCCUGCGUCUGUGCAAGGCCGACACCAAGGAGGUGGGCGUGCAGGUGAGCCCUCGGGUGGACAAGUCCGUGCAAUGCUCAUUGGGGCCUCGCACCUUGCACAGCCGCUCCCCCUGGGGCAGCACGGGGCACAAAGCGCCCCUGUCAGCCUGGGGAGUCUAUUCUCCAGUGAUGGGCCGCAGGGGCCUGGUGCGGCUGCAGAAGGAUGGGGAAGACGAGGCGAGGAAGGCGCUUUCGGGUCCUCCCGAGGCCAGCCAGCCGCCGCCGCCACCACCAACACCAAGGUCGGAAGAGGACCAGCGGGAGGAACUCCGGCAACAGGAGGAGCUGGGGGAGGAAGAUGCCUUAAGUCCUCGGGAAAGGAAGAGCAAGCAAGCUCAGGGAGACGCCAGCCAGCCGCUCCGGAAGCCCAACUUCCAGUUUUUAGAACCAAAAUAUGGCUAUUUUCACUGUAAAGAUUGUAAGACGAGAUGGGAGAGUGCUUAUGUGUGGUGCAUUUCUGGAACUAAUAAGGUUUAUUUCAAACAACUCUGUUGCAAAUGCCAAAAGAGUUUUAACCCUUAUCGAGUAGAAGCAAUCCAGUGCCAGACCUGUUCAAAGUCUCGUUGUUCCUGUCUUCAAAAGAAAAGACACAUCGAUCUAAGGAGGCCUCAUCGGCAGGAGCUGUGUGGCCGCUGCAAAGACAAGAGAUUCUCCUGUGGCAAUAUUUACAGCUUUAAAUGCAUCAUGUGA